UUGUGAAAUUUAUAUCCUACAUAUAAAUAUAUGUAGGAUUAAUAAACCCCAAAUAAGUGAGAGUUUCAAAAUUUAUUCCCCAACGGCAUUUGACGCCUCUAGGGCGUUUAAAUUGGAGGACGAUUUUGGGGUAGGUUGCAUGUCUAUGUCGAUGUAUUCGGCGUCAGAUAAAAUGAAAAUGUCAGCACCCAGUUAUUUUCCUGGUAGGUGCAGUCCGUCAUAUCGAAGUUCCGAACAAAUGCGAAGAUGUAUGCCAAAUGCUUCUACUCGUUUGUUAGAAGAUGCUUCCCUUCUAUGUAACUCGUGGUCCGCCCGACAGAACGUAAGUUUUUGCUAA